AUGCGAAAUCUGCUUGCUCUUGCACCGGCAGCGCUGCUUCUCGGCGCAGCGGACGCGCAACAAUCCCUCUGGGGACAAUGCGGAGGGAAUUCGUGGACUGGAGCGACGGAUUGUGCUGCAGGAGCGACGUGCAGCACCAUCAAUUCUUACUACGCACAAUGCGUCCCUGCAACGGCCACUCCUACCACGUUGACGACAACGACAAAGCCCUCGUCGACUGCGCCAACGACCCCUCCUCCGACGUCAGCGACGACCACAGGCACUGGAUCGGCGACAUCGCCCUCCAUCACCGCGUCUGCGUCCGGCAACCCCUUUGUCGGAUACCAGCUCUACGCCAACCCGUACUAUGCCUCUGAGGUGAUUAGCCUGGCCAUCCCGUCGCUAAGCAGCGAGCUGGUUCCCAAGGCGAGCGAGGUGGCCAAGGUGCCGUCUUUUGUCUGGCUCGAUCAAGCGGCCAAAGUGCCCAACAUGGGCGAGUAUCUGAAAGACAUCCAGUCCCAGAAUGCGGCCGGCGCAGACCCUCCGAUUGCAGGCAUCUUCGUCGUUUACGACCUACCUGACCGCGACUGCGCGGCGGCAGCGAGCAAUGGCGAGUUCUCCAUCGCCAACAACGGCGUUGCCCUGUACAAGCAAUACAUCGACUCGAUCCGCGAGCAGCUGACGACGUAUUCGGAUGUGCACACCAUCCUGAUCAUUGAACCCGACAGCCUGGCCAACCUGGUCACCAACCUGAACGUGGCGAAAUGCGCGAAUGCCCAGGGCGCCUAUCUCGAAUGCAUCAACUACGCCAUCACGCAGCUCAACCUGCCGAAUGUGGCCAUGUAUCUUGAUGCUGGACACGCCGGAUGGCUAGGCUGGUCAGCAAACCUCCAACCCGCUGCGCAGCUGUUUGCAGAGGUCUACAAGAACGCCUCGUCGCCGGCCUCGGUGCGCGGUCUCGCGACCAACGUCGCCAACUACAACGCCUGGACGAUCAGCCCGUGCCCGUCGUACACGCAGGGCGACCCCAACUGCGACGAGGAGGACUAUGUGAAUGCCCUUGCGCCGCUGCUUCAGAGCCAGGGGUUUAAUGCGUACUUUAUCACUGAUACAUCCCGCAACGGCGUCCAACCCACCAAGCAGAACCAAUGGGGCGACUGGUGCAACGUCAUCGGCACCGGGUUCGGCGUCCGCCCGACGACUGACACUGGCAACCCUCUCGAGGACGCCUUCGUCUGGGUCAAGCCGGGUGGCGAGAGCGAUGGCACGUCUAACACGACCUCUCCGCGAUACGACUACCACUGCGGGCUGAGCGAUGCGCUGCAGCCGGCUCCGGAGGCGGGAACUUGGUUCCAGGCGUACUUUGAGCAGCUGCUUACGAAUGCCAAUCCGCCGUUCUGA